AUGGCAACACUACAUGAAGGUGUGUUCCUGAAUCGAGGUCAUGGAGAAGCUUACAUGGCACUGUAUAUGCCAUGGCUGGCAGCCCACCAGAAGGACCAAAAAGACAGAGAAAAUCUGUUGUUUACCAAGGGCAAACAGUCAAAUCAAAAUGAUGAUGAAGAUUAUAUUCUUGAGGACUUGGAGACCAAUUCUGCCAGAGAACAUGUGUUUGACAGAUUCGACCCAAUUAAACCUCAAAGGGUGAAGAUUGAUGGGUUUAGUGGUGCUCGGGAAACCCAGGACAGCCCUUACGCUUCUCAUAUUAUCACACCACUUAGAUCCAUGUUGGAGAUGAGAGCAGCCACAGAAAGUGUGAAGAUGGCAACCACUGUAGAGGCAUGUUACACCUCAAUUCUGCUGCUGCUGCUGAAAAACAGGAAUGAAAAUGACAAGAAAUUAGAAAAGGAGAUUUAUCGAUUCUUGCAUGGAACUGCUGGACGGGUGUAUGAACUGAUGGAAAAGAAUAAAAGUGUUCGAUACAUUAUCAAAGGCUUUGCUAAUACAAAAGAAGUUGGAGUAAUACGUGAACAUCUGAUCGCAUACAGAGAUGCCAUACUGAGUCUGUUUGAUAGUAGUCUGAAUGUGCGUAGCAGUGAGUAUAUCACAGCAGGCCGAGCAAUGGCUGCCCAGGUGGAGGAUUUGAUACCAGAAAAAAGCAGUCUGUUUGCUUCUCAUACUGAAACAGCGCUGCAGACUCUGAGCAGUUUAAACUGGUACUGCCAAGCAUUACUAAUACAAGUGGUCGGGGACAUCUUGCCUGAGCUACCUGUUUUACAGACCUACUUGGAGAAUAUUCGCUUGGAAUCAUCGGACGAUGGUAGAGUGGCAAUGAGAUUUCGAGACAGACCAGAUGCUUUGGGGAAAAAUAUUGACCUAAGUGACAUCGUUCAUGGUCAAGAGAGUGAGAGGAUACAAAACCAUGAGCUGUAUGUGAUUGAUGUUGCUGCCAACAUGGAAGAAAACUUAUCUGUAUCAAAACUCAUAGCCAGGGAUUCUGUUCUCUUAAAGUAUGUGGUGGAUACUCACCUCGACAUGGUCUGGUAUGACUUCCUUGUGGACAUAUCAACUAAUGACCACUUCCCCCCGAACCCUUACCCUCACUUCCUGUCCGUGCUGCGGAGGUCAGCUUUCAAGAUGGACCUGUUUUUUGAGAGAACAAAUGCCAUUACUGAGAGAAUGUGGUCAGCUGAGAACAUGAAACCAGAGGACUGGGACACUUUUGUGUUCCAUAUUCCUGGUGUUGACUGUCAUGGAUGUCCUACAGCUCUUAUUGUAUUGGAUACUGGAGUGUAUGUACCUCUCAGUGAAGCCAUCAAAGCAUUCCAACAGACUCAAUUUACACACACCAAAGGACCCUACCGUGUGGCAAUCUGUAUGGCACUGUCUGGUUCCAGUAUUCUCUAUGGGAAGAUGCAGCCGUACCUGAAUGAGAUUGAACUGCACGAGCACAUCUAUAUCCAGGGACCACGAGGACAUGAAAGGAAUGCAGUCAAUAUGUUUGUCUCCAUAGUGUACAAACAUGUUCUACAGCUGAUUAAGGAGGGGAAGAUCCCUGUGUCUGGGAUCUACCUUGGUGAUGGACAGGUCCGCUGGUCCUGGGAAGAUCUUCAGGACAACAAAGAAGAUUUUGAGGAGGAAUGUCAAUAUGUCUGCUUUAGCAAAGGGGCAGUUGUUUUGAAGGCUUUUGUAUUGAUGGACAAAUGGAGAUAUGUACCUGUUCGAAAAUUCUUUCUUCUACAUUACCUCUCAGACGAUUCCCCAGAGGGUGAGCUUUUCUAUGUAAAUAGACCUUUGGACUUUUACCAGAGCAUUUUCAUGGAAAAAGACAGAGCUGCCUUCCACUACCAAAACGGUGGUACCAGGAAUGGGGGUGACCCUAUGAGUGGAGCUAAUGUGCGGGCAGCUCAACGGUCACUGGAGACCUUGCUCCUUGAUGGUCAGCGACGAUGUGACUGGCUCAAUGUCCACAGAGGUCUGCUGAUUAGAAGCUUACUUAAUGAGAAUCGGGGACAUCUUGCGGAAACCUGGCGAAUGCUACACAGUCGAGCAGCAGAGAUUGAAUAUUUGAUAUUUGUGAUUGACGCCUUACAAGAUCUUGUCCAACUCAUGAUGGAGUACAUUGACUUUAACAAGAAGAAGUUGGGAGACAAACCUAAAAAGGGAAAGAAAAAGCUAGCGGAGCAAAGAGCAGAGUUGGAGGGUCCAAUCAAAGAGGAGAUAUUUGGAAAGAUGGUGAUGGGAUUCCAUGAGAAGCUGUUGAAUGUCUGCCAUGCUCGUGUUGUAUUGGCGCGGAAGCCCCUAGCAACAGUCAUUGAGGAGAAAGUGAAAGCAGUGCUAGAGGAGGACGAUAAACUGGAUAACUACUAUUUGGCCUAUGAACCCAUGACACUCUUCAGAUUAGAGGAAAUAAAGCACAUGUUGCAGUUUAUACAAGACACUGUGGCAGGUGAUGUCCAUGCAGUUUGUCCAUAUGCCAAUAAAAUUCUGGGCUCCUUGGAAAAGAAUGUGAACAGAUCAAAACAGAGACGUGCAUCUGUUGAUUCUAUUACUCUCAGUGACCCCAAAAUGUACCAGAGAAGUAUGCGACGUCAGGCCAUGGACAAAGUCUGGUUCUUCGGAUAA